AUAGGUUGUAUUACUCAUUUGUAGGAGAGAGAACUACUGAUGAAACUGAACUUUAAAAACACGAGGAGUAGCGGAAAACAGGUGCAAAAAAAAAAAGAAGAAGAAGAAGGGCUGGCAAAAUGUGGAAAAGUAAAGGAAGAUACCCACAUCUUGUUAUUCACGUUGAAGACCAUAGGAGAAGUCAUUUGCAAAAGCCUCCCGUUGCGCCAAGCAUUCCGAAGGGGGAUUCGGCGUCUGGAUUCGGGGAAAGGCGUGCGUGAGUGGCGGUGCUCGUUUCGUCCAAAAGAGGGCAGUGUUGCUGUUUUGAAUCCCAGACCGCGGAGAACCGUACCUGGCGGUGAGUUCCGGGCUGAUCAUGUUGGCAAUGAUACAGUCAGGGGAAGAAAUGUUCCCAGCUUCUCUUGCUCCAAACACAGCGGCGAUGCUCCAAAUGUGGCAGCGGCAGCUCCAAAUGAGAUGGUGGCAGCUCCAAACGCGGUGGCAAUGUUCCAAAUGCAGCAGCAGCAGCUCCAAACGAGGUGUUUAGAGCGGUGGCGACGCUCCAAACGGAAGAGGACGCUCCAAGAGGAAGCAGCAGCGGCGGGCGCCAAAGGUCUUGCGAUGCAAAAUGCCCCCCCAUCACCAAGGCUGACAUCCACGCUGCCGCCGCCCUCCUGCCCAAGGAUGCAACAGGGGGAAUAA